AUGGUGUCGCUGAAGCUACAGAAGCGGCUUGCCGCUAGCAUCCUCAAGUGCGGCAAGGGCAAAGUCUGGCUUGACCCUAAUGAAGUCGAUGAACUCUCCAGAGCCAAUUCGCGUCAAAAUAUUAGGAAGCUUGUCAAGGAUGGUUUCAUCAUUAGGAAGCCAACCAAGAUUCAUUCUCGAUCUCGUGCUCGUCGAAUGAAGGAGGCAAAGAGAAAGGGACGUCACUCCGGAUAUGGUAAGCGCAAGGGUACUAGAGAGGCAAGGCUGCCAACUAAAGUACUUUGGAUGAGGAGAAUGAGGGUGCUCAGGCGCUUGCUUCGCAAAUACAGGGAGUCAAAGAAGAUUGACAAGCACAUGUAUCAUGACAUGUACAUGAAGGUAAAAGGUAAUGUUUUCAAAAAUAAGCGUGUUUUAAUGGAGAGCAUCCACAAAUAUAAGGCUGAGAAGGCCAGAGAAAAGACCUUGUCAGACCAAUUCGAGGCUAAGAGAGCAAAGAACAAGGCUAGCAGGGAAAGAAAGAUGGCUAGGAGGGAGGAGCGUUUGGCUCAGGGACCAGGAGAGAGAGUAGCACCACCACCUGCUGCUGCUGCCCCUGCUCCUUCAUCCCAGGCAGCUCAGGGAGCCAAGAAGGCAAAGAAAUGA